AAGCAAACGCACAUCAUACACAAAGUAUCUACAAAUUAGACGGUCAGACUUACUCUACCUACUACAGUCCCCGGUGGUACAUGGAAAAUACUUAUUCUUCCUAGUGAGCACGUGUGUUUUACAUCGACAUUAUUGUAAAGAAGAACAUAAUAUUGCCGUAAAACGAUUGAAAUCGCCGUCACCAUGGCUACGAGUCCGGGUUCAGAUAACAAUUGUAACAUCUACAUGCCACCGUUAGGGUGUUCCGUGGCGUCCUCGCAUGACUUCAGUGAUUAUCAAUGGUUUACAGAUUUUGGAAGUUAUCGCGACGGAGUGACCACGCAUCAGAGCAUCCUAUCGGCACUAUCCGCGUCGUACAAUGGAAUUGGCGAGCUGUCGUACUACGAGAAGAUGGCGAAGGAUAUUGAUGCCAAUCUGGCUGAGAUCGAUAUGGAAAGCUUCCGCAAGGAAGAUAUCAAUUCGCUGUUGACCGCCAUCCCUUCGCAGCUACGGCUAGACGACGCAGAGCGCAAAGCGCGCAACAAUAAUCGCAUUUUCUCGACGAUAACUAGUUGUACGGCGGCAGGACUAAUACCGGCCGAUAUGAUGGACAAUUCUUUCUGUAAAUCGGAGUUGCUGUUUUCCCCGGUGAAAGAAUCACACAUCAGCGUGGAUUCGCUAGACAUGGACGGAUAUCCGGACGAGGAGGAUAUUAUACUAACGUGCCAAGCGAACAAAGAUAACUACACCAUAGCAUUUGAGCAAAGCAUACUCUACUCGGAGGAAAGUUAUUACGAUGGUCCAGAACACUAUGGCAAAUAUAAGCGUAUGAACCUGCUGAAUAAUUUACAAAACCGGACCCAGUACAUUAGACAUAAAGAUUCCAUGUCCCGUUCCGAAGUCAACUACACAACCUGGGGUAAUUUGAAACGCAAUGGAACAGUACAAAGGCCACCGAUUGCUGUGAACCCACUAAUCACCCAUAUUUCGCGUCACAAUCGGACGUGCUUCGUACGAAAAAGUUUCAGCAUGCCUAAUUUGCUGUCGGAUCAACCAGGUUCGUCGCCAACACAUCUUCCUUCGAAGGAUCAGCAUCCACUGAACGUUUCCCAAGCUGGAAAUGGCCACAUUGCGGAAGAAUCGUUUGAAAGGCCGAUGCGCACCUUGCUUCCAAUGUACACCCUACCAACAGAUUCGGAGAAUGAAAGUAGCACCAAUGGGAAUGGAGUCGAUGGAACCGAUCACACCGACGAGAACAACCUCCUAACAGUGCACGAACAUCGAGAGUCACUGUUGCAAACAAGGCAACAGCAACCGGAAGAGCAACAGCAUCACCAAUUGCAACAACAGGCGCAACAACAAACGCUACAACAACCAUCGUUUAACUUGGUGAAGCUUUUCAUAAAACAGAAAAGCAGCUCAACGGACACGUGUAUGGAUGUGUCCUCCGGAUGCUGGCCAAGCGAUAGUACCAACAGUGGUGGUUCAGGAGAUCACCAGAUGCAUCACCUUGGGUCCGGAGCAACAAUUCCAGUCAUGCGGUGUCGUAAGAAAAGUAUGCACGAUUCUGGCAAAUGUUCCACAACUGGUGGUGGAAGUGUCGGUGGAAGACAUGGCGAUGAGGAAGAGUUUCAAUUGGAUAGUUUAGAUGCACAAAUUAACAACAGUCACGUGAACACUAAUAACAAUAACGGUAGUCACAGUGACGCCGAUGACGAUGGUCUAAAUGGGGAAAGAGGGCCCCCGACGUCGCCUCAGCGUGCUCAUGGAACGAAUGGAGGACCGGUUUCGGGUAAUACGAAGCUGAACGACUUCAACCGGCAGAUGCACGGCUCUCCGCGUAGGCAGUACAAGGGUUUCAACAUGAACAUUGGCGGGGGCAGAAGAUUGCUGCAUGAUCUUUUGCAACACCACAAUGGCAGCAGCAUUGGUUCGGCCAGUGCGCUGAAUAGCAGUAGCAGUAUUAACAAUAACAAUAAUCACAAUCUGAACAACAACAAUAGCUAUAAAGACACCAACAGCGAUACCAGCCGCACGUCAGAGAACUUAACGCAAAUAUUCAAUCACAGUGGCAAUAACAAUACCACCAUCUCCUCGGGCUCCAAAACGAAGAUUCCAAUCGAUAUGAUUACUAAAUCGAUGCAAACUUCCCUCAUCGGAACACCGACCGCCAAUGGUGGCAAUGUUGCGAGGGAGAAGGUACGCGUAAUACCACCCUCCUUUUUGGAUCGCUUAAAUGAGCUUGGCGAUAAGCAGAAAGCUCCAGUGUUUGUGGUGUAUCCCAACUAUGCACUUCCAGAUUUGGGCUUCCUGAAGACACAAAACGAGGUCGUCAUAUCACCGCUGACGUUCAAGGAAACGAUGAUGGGCGCAGGUCGUCCGCUUAAAAAACCGCGCCCAGUUUCAAUGAACGACAUCGAAAAUAUUCGACAGCGUGAGUACAAGCACGUUACGGACUGGAAGUCGCUCGUUUUUCUUCUUCCAACUGAGUAUCGUAAGCUGUUGCGUCACAUUCCGGAAGUUAGCGAGUUGAGUCUGUCGACCGAGAAGCAACCCAUGUUUUGCAUGACGCCCCCAUUGCGACGCGGUGUCGCUCGGGGUGUAAGUUGUGAUUGUACCAAUUUAUUAAAUCAGAACACACAAACGUACAACAGCUCGAGUUCAGGCGGAAGUUCCAGUGCUGCACCAAGCUCCGGAUACCGAGGAUCUUCGACGAUGCUUACGACGGACUCCGAGAUGGAUGGUAUCUUGGGACCGUCGAAUAGUAGCAAUAUUUUCAACAAUAAUAUGUACGUUUACCAGUAUGAUAGCCCGGCAGAGGUUUUAGUACCCUCUGAACGGCCUCCUUCAGGUCGCACUGUAGGUGGAACUCCAAAGAGCAUUCUUCGGCGGCCACAAGGGUCGAGUAGAGGGUCCAUUAAUCCGGCAAACAAUGGAGCUAACAGCAACAUGAAAGCCAAACGUAGCAGUAUGUUCGAAGAGCAGCAAAUGAUGCACUAUCCACAAGCAUCACGGGAAAAGCGUCGUUCGUUGCAGGAACACCAUUCGUACAACUUUUACGAAGAUGCCGAAGAGGAGGAGGAACAUUGUGCUGAACCGAAGCUGCAUAAUUCGCCCAACAUGACACCACACCCGCGAUUAGCCAAUACACCAAAGUUACCCUCGGCUGAUCAUUACCAUAAGCUGAACAAGUUGGUUGAGUUUAGCGAUAACGAUAUUGCAGCUGUUGGCGACGCUAACCAUCAACAAUGCAUCGACGAUGAUCUGGAUGCUCGUGCACGGGCGGAGCAAUUCCUGUCGCACGUACCGAAAUCGGAGCUCAAGCACUAUGCCGAAAUUGCACACAUCCUAGAAUCGACCGAAAUGAUCGAAUCUUCCGAACCGGCUUAUGAUCGUACCAGGUUGCGUAAUGAAGUCAGUCGAUUGUUGUCACAGAAGAGAAACGUAACCUUCACCAAGCAACCAACGGUUCCAUCUGCCUCGAGCGCUAAUAAUACCACACCAGUGCGGCAACAGCCAUCUCCGGCCACGGUUUUGUUACGACCAACCGAAAUAAAGUUUUCUACACCACCAAACUCACCGAACAUGUCGGUUACGGUGGCAAAAACUGGUCAUCACCAUACCGCGACCGGAAUAGCGGUGGAAAAGAAACCACCCGUUGCCCAACGUACGCCCUCGUCAUUAGCAGGUUCGCCAGCUUCUGGUGCGGAGAAGGAAAAACAGGAUAAAAUUCAGACAAAUCGCUUCAAACGACUGCAAAUUCAAUGGGAGCUGUUGAGCAAAGAAGCGAAUGCGAAGGCAUCUGUCGAGGGUCAACGAAAAGAGGUUCGCAGUGGUGGUAAUACCCCAACCGGUGGUAACUGUGGUUCCAAAUCACGAAUUCCACGCCCUGUGAGCUAUCCCACCACCAGAACGAACUCUGAUCCUGUAGUGAGCAAAACGCUUAAAUCGCCUAGCCGAAUUGUGGCACCAAAGAAGUAUGGUGCAAUGCAGUCUCCAGUCACAACGCCUCCUACACCUGCCCCACGUACGCCAAGCAAAACGUUCAGCAACACCACACCCAAGAAAGUGUCAUCUGCUCCCUCUCGCCCCGCGACACGCACACGCAUUCCGCUCGGGAAUCGUAGCAAAAAAUAUCUUGCUAAGUAGCAAAAAAUCGAGUGUGUUGACGGUAAGGAUUGUUUCAUGAGCGGCAAGGUUCGACUGUAGAUGUAACGGAGAUAAACCCAUGAUGAUCGCUUUUAAACCAAAGGAAGUGUAUAAAUAUUAACCCAACUACCUGUUACCGACAGAGGAGGACAGAAAUGCGCCGCAUCGUCCAGCAAAAGGAUGAGUCAUUAAGGCUGCUGUAAAUUGUAUGUUGUCGGCAUUAGAAUUAUAUUUGCUCCCCACAUUCUCUCUACGCGCUGGACCAUAUGGUAAUAAGAUAUGGUGUCACGGGGAUGCUACGGAAAUGUUUGACUACAUUACGCGGUACAGUCCCUGCAGAUGGUUCUAGUGUUGCAUGUAAGCUGCUAUUUUUAGUCACAUGUGUAUACACACAAUCGUUUAUUUACUAUACCUGCCGCUUCUUAAGAACGAUCACUCCAUGCUGGCAACAUGUCUCCGUAACGGUGCGAAUAUACCUUACAGUAGGAAAAUGCGACUAAAUUACACAGAGGUGUAUGUAGAUAAUGGCUAACGGUGGUGUUCUGUGUAGUGUGGUACAAAAUGUCGCUCUGCCGUACCGUUACGGUAACAUGAUUGUGGCCAGGGAACUGCAAACGAGCUGCUUUAAUCAGAACAAGCAUUACACGAAGCUCGCUCAUUCAUCGGGCGCUGUAUAUCGACUGGCGCUACUUUAAUUUUUAAAGUGCUAAACGUUGUUAAAAAAAAAUAACUAUUGUAUUCAUACGCUAUAGGGAUUAAUGUUUUGUUUUGUUUGCAUAAAACAGCCAGAUCUGCGAUAUUAGUCGGUGUUGUGGGAGUGGUAAAAUCAGCAGCAAUUAUUAUUCAGCGCUUCUUAGUCAACUUGCUUCGUAAUAGCUAUACAAUAUGCAUAAACCGAUUAUAAUACUCAUGCGCUCUGUAAUCAAUGCCAUAAUAUUCACAUAUAAUCAAGCGUCAGUGGAGUGCAGAAGCCAGGAUAGCUAGAGAAGAGUGUUACUGAGCGAGUGUUAAAGAUGGGUUAGAAUUGUUUAGUAUUAGUAUGUACAGACAUAGUACAUGUGAGGCAACAUAUGUGAGGUUGCAUAUUUUUCGGUAUUACUACUAUUAUUAUUACCAUUUGUUUGCUUAAUGGCCAGAAGCAGUUUUGCCUAGUACGAAUCGCUCAUUAAAGCAGACCAAACACUAAGUUAUUAGAGUAAAGCUUCUGAAGAAUUAUAUUUUACUCUACUCCUAGUCUUUUCUAUUGAUAUACAUUCAAAUUUUAUCCUUUGUUUCACUCUGUAAUCAGUAAGCACGCAUGUACGCGGAACGAAUGUAACGGAAUAUACAUCUUUCGAGCGCUCUCGGAAUGCAUUAAGACGUGCAAUAUGUUCCUUCAUCAUUGCAUGCGUUUUAUAUUAAUCUAAGUUGUUACUAAAAAUGCCGAUCGAUGUAAAGCCAUCGCUUUCAGUGAAGCUUCUUCUUUCUUCAAUUACUACCUUCGCAGAGUAUUGUUACCAUGACCAUGAUUGUAAAUCUAGGCAUAGCACACAUCCCCAGGCUCUAUUACUAAUAUACAAAGAGACAAACUAAGACCAAAACCAUCCGCAACCACCAUUGCUAUCGCCAUUGCUUUCGCUUGCUGGAUAAAACCUUCUGGAGUGUAAUGCAAUGUUUUGAUGCUAGUCGAAGUGAUUAAAAUUGUUUGACUAAGUAUAUACAAUCGAUACAACCUAUGGAAGAAGGCCCAUUCACUGUCAGGAUGAAAAACCAUAACUGUCCUCACGACACGAUACCUCCUCCUUCAGUUGGCCAAAUAAGAAUGAAAUUUAUGAUUCUUUUAUAUAUUUUACUAUCGCUGCUCAUCGCUUGGUGGUGCCUUAGUGGCUGCAGCUAUGCAAUGAACAGAAUUAUACAGCGUGCCAUAACAUCAAGAACGUUUUCAUUGACUUUGUUUUAUCUUUUUAUUGUGGUCAGUGAAGUAUGUUGUAUUGGACAUUGAAAGUUAAUAUAAAACAUUAAUUGUUACUAUAAACGCUAAACAUUGCAUCCAUUAGUGUGGAGAUAACGCAUUCACUAUAACAACAUGCGCUAUUACCAUCACGGCUUCGCUGUAAUUGUUGUUCGUCGUGAGCAAUUGUUUCGCUUUGGCUUAUUUAUUUUGUUUUCUAAUUACGGCAGUGUGCAAAUCAUUCAAACAUAAUCUAUAGUCUUAAAUAACAGAUAUGAAUAUAUUUGAUGAAAUGAAGUAAAACAGAUUAUACAAACUGCAAUGCUAAUCUAAUAAAUAAAGCAUUUAAUCAAA